UAUUUAAAAGUUCAUCUUUUGCUAGCUCAAAUGCAUGCAAGAAAGCUAUAGAAUUCUGAGAUUGCACAUGCUACCGUUCGAUGAAUCGAUUAUCGGUGUCGAUUAGUAUGGUUCUUUCCCUUCCAAUUCUUGCGGUCGAUGCACAAUCUACUGAUUUAACAAGUUCGGGAGAUGCUGUCUCGAAUUUCCGACCGAGCCUAGCUGUUGUCAUAGGUAUCCUCUGUGUCAUGUUUGCCUUGACAUUUUUCCUACUCAUCUAUGCCAGGCUCUGUAACAGGGGCGCUAGUGCGGUCCAGGGUGAUCAUCACCCCGGUUUGCUCCAUCGGACAAGGUCUCGAUUUUCCGGGAUCGACAAGAAAGUUAUCGAAUCGCUUCCGUUCUUUCGGUUCUCGUCGCUUAGGGGAUCGAAACAAGGGCUCGAAUGCACGGUUUGCUUAUCGAAAUUCGAAGAUGUCGAAAUCCUAAGGCUGUUGCCGAAGUGCAAGCAUGGCUUCCAUAUUGGUUGCAUUGAUAAAUGGCUUGAAAAGCAUUCAAGCUGCCCUCUUUGCAGGCAAAAAGUCAACGCCGAGGACUUAACAAUGUUUACAUACACAAAUAGCUUGCGGUUCUUGAGGAAUCAGUCUUCAAGAGAAGAUUCAAACAUAGAGCUUUAUGUCCAAAGAGAGCAAGACAAUAGUCACGGCUCGUCGAGAUUCAGAAACGGAAGUAGUUUCCGGAGAACAGAAGACCGUGACAUCGAAAACCAAGUUCUAGUUCGAGAAGAAGAGUCCGAUAACGACGACGAAGACAGAGGGAAGAUCUUCCAUAAGUUCAACCAUAGGAUCAUUGCAUCUGAUGUAGUAAUGAAGAACAGAUGGAGCAGUGUGAGUUCAUCAGACCUUAUGUUCUUGAAUGCCGAAAUGCUCAAUGAUAUGUCGAGCAACCGAUUUUCUUCCAUCGAAGCCGAUGAAUACGGACAGAUUCCGAAACCGAAACCGACCGGAAACAACGAGAUUUCGAAGAUCAAGGAAGAGAUGGAGAUUAAAAGAUUGUUUGAGAACAAAGUCAACAAAAGCAAUCCAAAUUGCGAACCAAGUACAAGUACACAUACAACAUCAAGGGUCGUUGGUGUUGUUAAUCAAGGAGAGAAAAGAUCGAUGUCGGAAAUCACCGCUCUGUCAAGGUUUCGGGAUGUCGUUAGUACGAGUAAUGGAACAUGUUGGAGCUCCUUGUCUGAAAACUAUACAAAGGAGGAAAGAACAAGGAGGCUUUGGUUGCCAAUUGCAAGAAGAACAGUUCAAUGGUUUGCCAAUAAAGAGACAAGGAGGUCUAAACAAUCUCAGCAUUUAGGUGUCUGAAUAUGUUGAUUGGAUGGAGAAAAUUUCAUUUAGGUCACUGCAAUUUGUGCAUAAUUUCAAUAUAAUACACAGUUAGAAAUUUUCCUUUCGAAUUUUAUUUUCCCUGAUUU